AUGACACGAAAUGCACCUACGACACGACACGGCUUCAGCAGUCAAAACCCACAAUCCAACGAACAAUUUUCAAACGUAGGGACCAGGGGGCCCAUCCAUCCGUCCAUCUGCUCCUCCUGGUCUUUGGGAGGAACGCUUCCGGAUCGAGCUUGGGUUAGGUCGCUCCUGGAAGUGAGCCUACUUGCUGGUUUCUGUACACGAGUACGUGUUGCCUGCAUGCCUUUGGCGAAGAAACGAAGGCGACACGCGGCGAACCUUUUCCUCAUGACGUGCACCGCAGCAACGUGUUCCAGCACUUGGUUACUGGGAGCGUGGCGAGCUUCGGCUUUUCUGCAACCUGUCUAUCGGAAACCACAACAUACCUGCAGCCCACUGCAUCGUUUGGAACGAAGAGAUCAUUUUGCGUCGGCUGUUGUGAGCCGAUUGCAGGCGUUUUUUGAACAAGGACCGACACCAAGGAAAGCACCAAACUACACCACCAGCGGCAUCAAUCACACUUCCGACAACGCUACAGCUACCAUUCUGGCUUUAACACGUACAGAAAUAAAUCGAAUGCGCAAACGUGAGCUAAAAGAACAGUUGGAAUUACGAAAUUUGAAUACCAGUGGCACCAAAAAGGACUUAAUUCCUCGCUUACUUGAUGCGAUCGAGGUAGACGAAAUCGUAAGAGAGCUACCGAUUAUGAAUAACUCUGAAAACCAGAGUGAAAUAAAGUCCAGUGCGAGCCCCCCUUCACGAGAAGACCAGAAAUUUGCAGCGGCGUUGGAAGUGGUAGAUCCGACAGGAGGAUGUGUCGACUCGGAAAAUAAGAGUGAAGAAAAUGUCAGUGCAAACCGCUCUUUGCAACAAGACCAGCAACUUGCAGAGGUGCUGGAAGUGGUAGAUCCGACAGGAAAUUACAUAUUACGCGUCAAAGGCGUGUCAUGCUUGCAAUCUUACGGUACGGGGAUUGGGAUUGUCUUGGUCAACGCUAACGACGAUCGGGAUGUGUGUACAGCUCGCAAAGUGUUGCAGGGCAACCGCAGUGUAUUCGAAGCCGGAUACAGUGCCUUGAUAGUCGGAAUCCGCUUUGCAUUGAAUCGGGGAGUUCGCAAUCUCACCGUGCAGAUAGACCAUGAUGUCAUUGUCAGCCAAUUGACCGGGAAAUUCCAAGUCAAUCGAGAAAAUCUCAAGCCCAUGUACUGGAAUAUAAUGCACCAUAAGGAAGAGUCAUUCGACACGUUCACUGUCGAACACAUUUCGUUGGAAAUGAACACCGAAGCGACCGAUCUGGCGGCGCGGGGUUUAGCAACAGGAAAGUCAAUCAACAUUGUAGACGUCUUUGAUCCAAUGGGCGAUCUUGGCACCGAGACGCAAACGAAGGAUUUCUUGAAGGCCA